UCAGGAAAUACUUUACACCAUCAAGGUCACGUUGGUAACCUUCACGAAAGUUUGUUGCUUGAUCAAAGUCCACAACUGUCAGAUUAAAACGUUGGACAUCGCAUGGUUGACUUGCAAGGGGCACGUUGUUUCCAGAACGCUUGGAUGUAUAUCCUGCGCAAUAAACCGUUAGUGUGUUACUUAAGCACACUUGGUGAACUAGUGCCUUCGCCGUCAUCAGUUCCGCACUCAGUUACAAAUAUACCGCGGUUUAUUCAUUUCCACACAAGUAAGGUCAAUACUCGCACACCCCCUUCCGUAAACACACAACCUUUGACACAUAACCUUUGACUGUUUACGCAACACAACACAGUAAUGCCUAGUACAAUGCCGUGAGCACAGUGCAGAAUAGCGCGGGUCUUCUGACUGAUCGGUACAACAUCAUGCACAGCCACUGGAGGGAUUGUCAGGAGUGGUCCAAAAUUGGACUGCCGCUUUCGACAACGAGUAAUGAAGCCUGUAAGAUGUACGAUGCUGUUGUUACACAGUACAUUGGAUGGUACGAUGAUGCCAGUGUCGGGGGCCUGAUGGGGGCUAUGGAGAAGAUGAACCAAGCAGACCCAGACUUUGUCAUGGGCAAGGUGGUCAGCAGCUGGUUCCAACUUGGCGGGAAGUCUAUCAGAAGGGACGAGAAGCUGAGGAAAUAUGUGGAGGACUUGGUGAGAUCAGGACAGGGGGGCAACUGUACCUCCCGAGAAAAGCAACAUGUAGAGGCAAUACGUCUUCUGUCUGAAAGAGACAUACCUGGUGCGUGUAACGUUUGGGAGAACAUUCUGGUGGAACAUCCUACAGACAUCCUUGCCCUGAAGUUGUCUCAGGCUUCCUAUUACGACAUCGGGUACUCCGCACAGCUGAGGGACUCGGCUGCAAGGGUGCUGCCGGCCUGGAAGCCGAGCAUGCCUCUUUAUGGGUACCUGCACGGAAUGCACGCCUUUGGGCUGGUUGAAACCAACUUCUACGGUCAAGCUGAAAAAUCGGCAAGAAAGGCUCUUGAGCUGAACCCGCGGGACAUCUGGGCUACCCAUGCUGUGUGCCAUGUCCUGGAGAUGGAGGGAAAACAGGAAGAAGGCAUCAGCUUCUUAUCAAACACCUUACAAGACUGGACUAGCUGCAACUUGUUUGCGGGUCAUUGCUACUGGCACUGGGCGCUGUACCACAUGGAGAAAGGGGACUAUUCUGCAGCUCUUGACAUCUUUGACAGCCAAUACAGGGGCAGGAAAGAUGCUUUCAUCACGGACACCAGUUCUCUUCUUUUCAGACUCAACAUGGAAGGAGUGGACGUAGCAGACAGAUGGGACGACACGUACCAAAUGUGCCAGUCUGACCUGGAAGAACGAGUCGCAGUCUUCAAAGAUGUUCACCUCCUUCUGUCCUGCCUGGGGGCCAAGCAGCAGGACUCCACCAAGAAGAUGAUGGAGUCUCUCAGAAGUUUCGUCAGUGAAGAGGGUACCCAGUCUACUGUUGCUAGGGAGGUAGGAGUUCCUAUUUGUGAAGCUCUUGUAGCUUAUGAUGAGGGCGACUAUGCCAGAGCUGUGGAACUCAUGGCGCCCGUGCGGUACCGGGUGGGAUCGAUAGGAGGCAGUAAGGCACAGCUGGACUUGUUCCACCUCUUCCUGAUCCACGCCGCCAUCAAGUCACCCGAGACACGGCACCAUCAGUUAGCCAGGGCCCUAUUGGCCGAGAGGAAGGCACUGAAGGAGAACUCACCAAUGACUGACAGGAUGAUGGCAGCGGCAUCUGUAACUGUCUAAGGACGACCCAGAUAGGGAGUCCUUCACAAACGUUGAUUACACAGACUUUUCUUGGGCUUGUUUAUUGUACGAAGAAGCACAUCACUAAAUCUUAGUUCCUGAUAAGAUGAAAUAAUUUUUCCCAAAACCCUGGGAAUUGAGGCAUUUUGGUACAGUUGGUGAUUACCGUGGUUGUAUUUGUAUUUGUAUCACUUGGCCGAAUAGUAAUAGGGGACUGUGGCCAAGUUAGGAAUAAAAGCCCAGUAGGAAUUAAUUGGCCUAGGAGUGAACUGACCGGCCGGUGGGAUAGACUGCAAAAGACUGACAGAGAUACCAUGGUAACUUAUUUGUCCCUAUUUUUCUCUUUUGCCAUCCAAAUGACACGUCUGCUUGGAGACUACACAUGGCUGAGUUCAAUAUGAAAGAGAAGAAGGCGUUGACAGAAUGGGAUCAGUGGUUGAUGUUUCCUCAUUUAUCUUGUGUGAUGUACAAAGUUAAUGCUCCCAACCAUCCAAUGUUCCAACCGGAACAUUACCAAGCGUACGAGAGGUAGAUGCAUUAUUCAUUCUUAUCAAAUGGCAAGAAAAGUACCAGAUUAUCGGAUGUAAGCAAGGAAUAUUUCCUGUAAUAAUGUUGUUAAUGAUUCAUCAUAAGUUGUAGCUUGAAGUAAUCUUAGGUGUAAGUGCUCUGUUAUGUCGACAAACAUCGCAGAGAUAUCUUUAGACCAUUGCACUCUUGUUGUCUAUUGAAAAGUCGUUACCGAUUCAGAUGCAGCAUUGCUGUCCUGUAAUUUUCAUUAACUAUUUUGUUACAAUGAAGUGUCUUUCUCAGAGGAACACAAUUAAGUUAGAUAUAUUAGAUACAGUCAUAUCUGAUUGCAAGGAGGGCCCUGGACUCAGAGGGCUGUGAUUGAAAGGACAGUAUUA